UUGACCUCCAUCAUCCCAAGCUGUGGCUGACGUGCUCAGUACUUGAACAUUUACCAGGACUGCAUGGUUAGAUUGGAUUCAAAUGCCUUCGAGUCAAAUGGAGAGGCCAAAAGAGGAGACAAAGCUCCCUGCUCCAUGUGUUUUGUGGCCUGUGGAGCUGAAGCUGACUCACAUUGACUGUAGUCCUGAGGAGACACUGAUACACUUUCAGGGCCAAUAUAUGACUAUCUGUGAACUGGACUACAACAUUCUUCAAGUUGAAAUUCAAAAUGCUGUGAAAUCGAAAGUUUCUGGUCAGGUUGGAGAAGUUUGCCUGGUAGAAGAUGCAGCGUCUGGUCGCUGGUACAGAGGAAGAGUCCAAAACAUACAGAACAAUUUGUUCCACAUGUUUUUGCUAGACCAUGGAGAUGUGUUGAUUGUUGAGCCCAGCCAUUUGUCGUCUAUAUCUGACACACUCCUAAUGCUCCCACCAAAGAUUGUCUGCGGUUUCUUUGCCAAUAUACUGCCAGUCCAGAACCGAUGGGACAGUUUGACAGAGAACUAUUUAUCUUCCUUGAUAGGCAGCCAAAUCAAAGGAUACAUCCACGCCCGUCUUCCAUACCAUGUCCUCAUUCUUGAAGUUCCGGACAUUAAUCGUGACUUUUUAAAAAUGAGGCUUGGGAGACAUGUGGACACUAGUACAUUUCUGCUACUGGUUGAGAUUCUUAUUGGGGAACCAGUUCUACAAAACAAUGAAUCUGUCCCUGAUCUCUUGAUUGAAAAGCAAAUAGGGCAAGAAUGUUGUCUCAAAUCCUCAAGCCUGCUUGGCUUUGAAGAAAUUCUCUCACUUAAUGGCCCAAAGCUGAAAGUUGGUCAAAAAGUAAGAGUUGUUGUAUCUGCUGCCGUGAAUCCUGGAUUAUUUUACUGCCGACUGUCAUCCACAGACAAGGACCUUCAAGAAAUGUCAGAUAAAUUAGCACGUGCAUGUGAAUCAGUCAGUGGUUACCCAAGCAAUAAACCACUUGAAAAUCUUGGCUUGCUCUGUGCAAUCAAAGGGAAAGAUGAAAAAUGGCACAGAGGUUUUGUGCAAUGUCUUCCCCUCAACUCCCAGGUCCAAGUUGUGUUUGUCGACAGUGGCUAUUCUGAAUCUGUGAAAGUUGAAAACAUCUUGCAGCUACCAUCAGAAUUAAUCUCAACACCGAUUAUGGCAUUCUCAUGUUCACUUUCAUGCUUGGAAGAACCAGAUGAGACCAUCAAAAACCAACAACUAGUGGCUCUGAAAACCGGGUUGCUGGGGAAAGCUUUAGAGGUUGCAAUCGAUGACUUUUGCAAAGAUCAGAACUUCUACUUGGUCACAUUGAGCACUGCUGAGAAACACUCAGAGGAGCAAGCCAAAGUUAAACUCCUUGGAAAAGUUUUUGACAGCAAGUCCAACUUUCCCCACAAUAUCCUUUCAAAGAUGUAUGCUACAGAAACGAAAGCGGUCCAGACUUCUGAUUCAGUUUCUAGUCAAUCGAUACCUGAUGGUUCUAUUUUUGAGGGCUAUAUUGUGCAUGUCCAGAGUCCAAAACAUUUCUGGAUAAGGACCAAAGAACAAAAUCCUAAGUUUGAAAACAUGACGAAAGAAAUGACCAAUUACUUCACCAAACUACAGUUGAAAGAGGAGGUUUUUGAAGACCCAGUGCCUGGUGCACUUUGCUGUGCAAUGUACGAAAAAGACAUGCAUUACUACAGGGCCAUUGUAGUAGAUACUUUGGAAAAGGGAGCUGAGGUGUUUUUCAUUGACUUUGGAAACACUGAAAAGGUGCCAAACAUAUUAAUAAAGAAGCUUCCCCCAAAGUUUGCCAUUCAUCCAGAAUUUGCACUGAAAUGUGCAUUAGCGCAUGUGGCUCCAUUUGAGGACAUCUGGACAACCACAGCAUCCGACUUCUUCAGGCAAGUCACAUCAAACAAAACCUUGGUGGUUCAUGCCAUUCACAGAAGAAAUGCAAAAUAUGUUGUUGAUCUUUUUGAGAGAGGUGCUGAAAAUAGCUAUAGCAUUGCAAACAUCAUGACAACAGCAAAAAUGGCCCUGGAUUGGAGAUACAACCCGGCAUUAGCAUCUGUUGAAGCGGAGAAGUCAUGUAAAGACAAAGGAAAUGCUCUGAGCAAGAAAAAAAAUAGAAAGGACCUUCAUGUGGUGACCUUUUGCAAAGUCACCUCUUCACCCAAUCCAAAUCAGUUGAAACCAGAGUGGGAACAACAGAAUGACCUUGAAAGACGUACUCCAAAUGUGAUGCCACAACUGAAGGUCGUUUCUGCUGAGGCUUUCAAACCGAUGCAUUUCAAGCCUGGAUCUGAAGUAAGUGUCAGUUUCUUACAUAUAAAUUCUCCAUCUGACUUUUGGUGCCAAAAUGAGAGCACAAAAGUUGAUCUGGACAAAUUGAUGGAAGAGAUGCAGGCAUUUUACCAAACGCACACAGUUGCACUUGAAACGCCAGCAGGAUGUUGUGCAGUAAAGUCUCCACAGGAUAACCGAUGGCAUAGAGCAUGCAUAUUAGGAAAAAGCAAUGAGGAACUCCGCUUGAUCCUGGUCGACUUAGGCAUCAUUCUCCAGGAAAGGAUGCAAAACAUCCAAGCUCUUGCACCACAGUUCUUUGAACUUCAUGAACAAGCAUUUAGAUGUAGUUUGAACUUGAUUGAACCUGUUGGAGGAAGUUCUUGGAAUUCAGAAGCAUGCAGAUUGUUCAAGGAUUUUGUGUCUGAGGAUUCACCCUGUAUAUGCAGAGUUCUUUCCCAGCUCUAUGAGCAAGGAAAAGGUCUCCUUUAUGUGGUCACCAUUCAUACACCUCAUCAACAGGCUACCACGUAUCUUUUAGAGAAAGGUGUUGCGGUGGAAAUGCAAUCUCCAAAGCAGCUAAUUUCAUCAUUGUAUCCUCGUUCCUUCAUUUACUCAUCUUUCAACUUGAGUUCUGAAAGCGAAGAACUGGUGCAUGUUACUCAAGUUUGCAGUCCUUGGGAAAUCUAUUUUCAGCUCGACAGGAAUACAGAGAUCCUUGAUGCGCUGAUGGAGAGAGUUGCUGAAGAAAGUCAGCUCUUGACUACGACAUCUGACAACUGCAGCGGUAAUGUUUGCCUGGCCAAAUAUUUCUGUGACGGCCAGUGGUACAGGGCUCUGACACACCCCGUCCAAUCUCAUCAACAUGUGAGUGUGUUCUUUGUUGAUUAUGGUGAUAAGCAAAUUUCUGAAAAGACUAAUGUUAUACCAAUUCCCAAAACAGCGAUUGAUUUAUUGAUGACACCAAUGCAGGCUCUGAGAUGCAGCCUUUUGAAUGUUCCAGAGGGGGAACAUUUGCCAGAAGUCAACAUGUGGCUUGAGACUGACAUCCUCAACAAAUCCUUCCAGGCCAAGUUUAUGUCAAGGGACAACAAUGGACAUUUUGUCUGUGAUCUUUAUGAUGGAAAUGUGCACAUCAAUGAAAAAGUCAGAGAGCUCACGGCAACUUGCAGUGUGGCAGAACGUAAUCUGACUGUCAGUAAACCUGCUUUAGAUUCCCACAGAGAAGAAGCGGAUGUCUGCAUUUUAAACAGUAAAGUGAACACCAAACAGAGGGGAUGUGGUAAAACUAAAGCGGGUUAUAAGCAAACUUCGAAACCCAUAAAACCUCCCAAAACGCAACAUAAAGCAGCAAUAAAAGAGAAACUACAGGACACUACCUGUUCUCUUAAAGUAGUGCCAUCACAUAAGAACUUGCCAAAACUAUGUGAUCUUCCUGCUGUCAAAAUGAAACCAGGUUCUCGCGGCGUGGGCUUCAUCUCUCAUUGCAGUUCUGUUAAAAGCUUCUUUAUCCAGAUGGAAGACGAUGAAACAAACAUCCUUCAAAUGGGUGAAGAACUAAACAGCACUGUCUUCAAGGAUAACAUGGAAAAUGUGGCAACCGAAGUAAAAGUAGGAGACCUUGUUGCCGCCGAGUAUGAAGAAGACUUGGCUUUGUACAGAGCUGUUGUCACCAACGUUUCAAACUGUGGCCGCUUAGCAGUUGAGUUUAUUGAUUAUGGCAAUCCUGCAACUGUCGACAGAAAGAAUGUCCAUAUGCUAACCAAUACUUUUUUGUCUCAGCCCAGAUUGAGCACUCUGUGCACACUUGCGAAACCUUACUCUUUUGAAAACGACGACUCUUUUAUCAAGGAAGCAGUUGGCAAGCCUUUAAUGGUAGAAUUAAUUAGAAAGCUUGAAAAUUCAUGGGAAGUGAGCAUUAAGAUUGAGGAUGGCCACAUGCAUGGGAACUCAAAGUAUGAUGGUGAUCAGAGCAAAGAUGUAGUCUUGUCUAGCCAAGACAAAUUGCCAAAAGUGUCCCAGAGUGAAAACCAAACUGAUUCUCACUCCCACAAGGCUAAAUCAGUUAAAACCUUCCAGCAAAAGACUGAGUUAUGCACACAACAACGCGAAUGUGAACUCAAAAAGAAUCAUGCAGAAGUUAGAACCUACCAGCAAAAGACAAAGUCAAACACACAACGCAAAUGUGAACUUGGAAACAAUCAGACAGUUCCAAAAAAGCAAAUUAAGAAAGCUGGCUUUUACUUCCCGACGUAUGUCUUUUGGAAUAGAAAGUACAAGAAGAGGCAAAAUAACUUAAAGCCUAAGGACGUGGUUCUUUCCAAACUACCAUGUGACACAAGCAUACCAGUGACUAAAACUUCAAGAAAGUUGCAGGAAAAUGUUUCUACACUUAAUGCAAAUGAUCAUGAAACCUCCAAGUCACCUGCUAGCGUUGCUCUGCAGGAUGUGGAAGAUAUUGAGGCAGUGGAAAGUACUGAUGGGUUGCUUGUUGUUGAUGACCAUCGUCCCUUCCCAGACACUUCUUCAAAGAUCAGUUUGGAUCGACCACAGACCCUACUCCAGGCCCCUGUCCAAAUGAACUUUGAAUACAAAGGAUUUGCAGCUGCAGUAACAACCCCAUCUGAAUUUUACAUCAUUCUUGAAGACCUGCUUUUGAUUGUAGAUACUGUCUCUGCUAUUCUUGAGAACCUUUCCGAAGUUUUGGUGCCGUUACCGGAGGUUGAUUUUGUUCCUGGUGCGAGCUGUUUGGUGAAAUCAGCGGAGAAGAAAAAAUGGUGCAGGGCCGAGAUCGUGCAGUGCGAUUCCACUUCUGUGCUCAUAAACUUGGUUGACUAUGGGCAGUAUUCAGUUUUGUCCCUACACGAUGUCUGCCAGCUUAAAAGACUUCCAGAGGAGCUCGGUAGAUUACCUAAAGUCACCUAUCAUUGUUUACUGAGGGGAGUGAAACCCAAUGGCCCGGACUGGUCUGAUGAUGCCAUUGUUUUCUUCCAGAACUGUAUGUGUCAUGGGAACCUACAGAUCCGUUUCAGACAGCCUGUUUCUGAGACACAAUGGGAGGUUGACAUUAUCACGGGAAAGCGAAAUCUCGCAAAAGAGUUAGUAGAUGCUGAUCAUGCCAUGUAUAUCGAUAAUAUGCUUGGAAUCAGGUUUGAGCAAGAGCAAGGAGCCAAUAGAGAGUCUAAAAAACAAGACAUCUCCACCACAGUGAAUGUUUUAUCCAUAAUGACUGAGCACACAUGCAAAGCCACAUGUUCUCAGCAGAUCUUUUCAAAUGAGUCCAUGUUUGAUCAAAAGUCAUCUCAGGAUUCUUUUGUGGAGCAAGACACGUCAUUCCCUUUGAACAGCAGUGGUGAUCAUCUUGGACCUGUGGAGAGGGCAAUGCUUAGUCCACCAUCAGGUAUCAAACAAUGUGCACUGAUGUGAGAAGGCUCAU